AUGCCGAAAAGUGGUCUGAACCAUGGCGCCGGUAUUUCCGAAGACGACCAGAAGAUGGAGGACCUACAUAGUAGACAUUCAUACAGCCAAGACACACUUCUGUUGGUGGCUGGUCAGUUUGGUCAACAGCAGACUGUGCGGGCUCGGCCCUAUCGCGACCGGAAGAUUCGGGAUGUCAAAGACGCGUAG